UCUUAAUUGAUUUGAGCAGGCCACGGGUCAACCAAGGUUUUCUGUGGGAACGUUGGCCGAUUUUUGCUGUUUUCAUUGGAAAUGAUUCGUCAAAGAGUAAAGUGAAAGUAUGAAGAAAUUUAUCGUAAGCCAAUUCUGUGUCUGUUUCUACCAAGACUGGAUCCCAAGAUGUGUUAAUAUAACUAACGUUAUGUGUUACGGUACAAGAGUUGGUAGUACUGUUACGUUAGUCACAACAGACAACAACGUGCUGAGAAUGAGUCUUACAAAUAAGCUUUAUUGGGCGUCUGGUUCGUGAAGUGUAACAAAUGAAAUCAGUAAGUCAACGUUUUUCCCAGGAAAGGAUAUCUGCAUUGUUGAGCUCCGAUCAAUUACUUGAGCUGAAAUUCUUUUUUUUAAUACCGUCUUCUCCGAAACACCCUGAAAUGUAAACAAUAGUGUUACUAUUGUGAGUAACCAGUUUUACCUAACUUCACUAUACUUUUCUAUAAGGAUACAUGAUUUGAUGUUGUUAUCAAGAACAAAACGCUCAUAUACUCGUAUACUAAGUUACUAAAAGUAAGAACUCGAGUCGUGACAGGUUAAGGUUACACAAGGGUCAUCGCGUGACAACAAGGGCAAAAGUGCAGAAAACUGUGGGGUAGAAGAGUAAAGCCAUGUGACACACGUGACGUGUGACAUGUUGUGUUCAGCUGAAGAUGAAUCAGUCUUGCGGCAGAGCACAGGCAAUGGCAGCUUAGGAACAUGGGGAGACCUCCUUAUAAUGGUGAGUGCAUUACGUUCGCUUACAAAAUCAGAAUAUAUUUCAACUGAUUGUAACGCAACCAAAUGUAUCAGGACCAGCGAGGACUGAUCGAUUUUGUGUGCAUAAAGAUGUGGUCUUUUAUAGAAAAUAGCAAUCUCUUCUGGAGGAAAAUAGUUUAAGAGUCACUUUAUGGAAUACGGCGCAUUUACAUUUCAUUAUUCCAGUUAUUUGCACAAUGAGCAUAUACGUUUCCCACGUCAGCGGUUGAACUUUUACCUCAAGUCAAGUCAAAGUGUAGAGUCAAAUUAACCAGUUAGAUAGCAUCUACAGGCAGUCCAAGGGUGUGGCACGGGCAGGUCAGCAUUGUGAGCUUGAAGAUCUCUAACGUUGUCAACAACUUUGUCUCACAGGUGGGAAUAUAUUUACUGUGUAGAUUAUAGGUGAAGAAAUGAAGGUUGUCUUCUGUCGAUGUGAACAGGGUUUGAAAAGCUUCAUACAUAGCAUGCAAGUUACUACAGAUAUGCGUAGCUGUUAGAAAACAUGUACCAAUGUCUCCUGAUUAAUAUCUAUCAUGAAAACGACAAAACCUUACCCUCGGGGAGUUCUUCUGCUUUUCAUAAUGGCGAUACGUUCGAUCCAAGUUAAGCUAUCUUGUUUUCAGUUUAGCGUAUUGGGGGAGAAUACAAAAUGUUAUGUGUCAAGGUGGUGUACAAAUUGGUGGAGGAAGACGUUGUAGUCCAACUUUGUCGCAGUAUGGCUGAAAAUACGUAGUUUCGGUUGUUACUAGAUGUGUUUACACAAUCUCUCGCUGGCUGGGUUUAACUUAAUGAGGGACGGUAACUAUCGGGCUAGGAGAGCGAUUUUAGUCAGGCCAUGGUUACUUACGACGUAGUUGAGUCAGACCGUACUUCAGACAAGCACCUUUGCCAAAAGCAUUGUGUUUUGAAGCUCGUUGUAUGAACUAUGCGGGAGUUCGCCAAAUUACGUCGCGCCUUGUCAAAAACGUAUUAAAGGGUCAGACAUGCAUUGCUCGUUUGCGAAAUUUCCGAUCACAUUUUGCUGCGUACUGAUACAAUGUUUUCUCUUUCAUAUAGAAAGAGCUGAGCACUGUGUACUAUCAUAUCGACGAAAUGCCCAAAGUGCGAUCCGUUAACAGCCCCCCGGACGGCGGGUGGGGUUGGAUGGUGGUCGCCAGCACAUUCUUCGUCAACAUGCUGACGAUUGGGAACAUGAAGUCUUUCGGAGUGUUCUACGCAGAGUUCCGGGAGGUUUUCCAGGAGAGUGCGGGGAUAACGUCAUUCAUCAGCUCUAUCCUAGGGGCUUCCGUCUUGAUGUUUUCUCCCUUCGCUGGUGCCUUGAGCAACCUGACCAGCUGCCGUACUGCGAUCAUGGCAGGGGGCGUCAUUUCCGCCGCCGGACUUGUCGUCAGCUACUUCGCACAGACGAUGGUACAACUGUUCUUCAGCGUGGGGAUCCUUACAGGAUUUGGCUUUUCCCUGAUGUUCUCACCAAGCCUGGCUAUGGUUGGACGCUACUUUGACAAGCGGCACGCCACAGCCAAUGGGAUCGGAGUAUGCGGAACGGGCAUCGGCAUUUUCGCGUUUCCUCCACUCUACCAGUUCCUCAUAGAUGAGUUCGGGUGGAGGGGUGCUUUACUGAUUGUCGCUGGCACAGCUUUGAACGGCUGCGUCUGCGGUGCCUUGAUGAGACCCUUACAUUUUAAAGAUGAUCGCAAAGAAGAAAAUGUCAACAUUGAAGCCCAGGGUAUUACUGACACAGAACCAAAGAAAAGACCCCAUCAUUUCUGUGAGAAAAUCAUGGAAUCAUUUGACGUGACCUUACUGAAACAUCGCCCCUUCCUCGUGUACUGCGUGUCGUUAUUCGCAAUCUCGCUGGGCAACUCCAUGAUUUUUGUGCACCUUGUAGCGCAUGCUCAAAACGUCGGGAUAGAGAAAACAGCAGCCGCCUUUAUCUUGUCAGUUUUGGGCAUCUCCGAGGCAGUGUCAAGACCUUUACACGGGUUGCUGUCGGACAAAAUAAACAUCAGUAAGGUCUACUACUACAUGGUUAACAACACGGGAAUGGCCGUACUCAACAUCGCCAUACCGUUCGGUAAAACGUACACAGAGCUCGUGGCGUGCAUGGUGCUGUACGGACUGUUCUCGGGAAGUUUCAACACACUCAUAGCCGUGAUGGUGCGGGAAUACAGCAGCGUUUCCCGGAUCUCCAGUGGGCUGGGCUGGGCGCUCGUCUUCGAAGGGGCUGCCUACCUGCUUGGUCCACCUAUUGCAGGAUGGCUAUAUGACGCAACAGGCAACUACGGCAUGUCCUUCUACGCGGCUGGCAUUUUCAUCCUUCUGUCUGUGCUUGUGCUUUUCAUCAUUCCGUGUUCAACAACAGGGAAAUCAUUAUCGCUUGUUUCUGGCGGGCGCAGUGAGCCCAAACAGAACGGAGUUGAGGCGGUGGCCUUCAGAAAUCUGGGGCGGGACGGUAGAGAAACUGUCAGGAUUGACUCAGGACAAAGUAACCCUGGUUUUGUAGUGAAUGCACUAACUUAGUGUGUGGCCCAAGAGUUAUAAAACGGAGAUGGGCACCACCUUACUUGUGUGAGACGGAUCUGUGUAACCGUCAAAAUGACAGUAUAAACAAAUACAUUGGGGUUUUCAUAUCGCUCUAUCUACCUACGCAUGACUCCUGUAAGUAAAUUGCAAUUCAGCUCACCAGCUGCAACGUUUUUACAAAAUAAAAUCAUUCAUUCAUCAUUCAUUCAUAUCACCAGUGGGAAAGUAUACAGGUAACUAUAUAAUGUAUAUAUAAAAGACAAGUAUGUACUAGCGGUAGAAGACAAAACCAUAGUUUAAGACAGUGCAUAUACCUUUAGUCACUUCUAUUGUAAUAUGGCCGUGCGCUCAUUGACAAAGAGGAAACAACAUGUUAUUAUUAGUCUUUGAAUAUUUAUGAUGAGAUCAUAUAGCUAGAAGGUGAAAGGUGUUUAAGAGAAAUCUGAUGUAAUGUAAA